GCUCAGUUUAUUGUUGGGUUGAACAUUUUCUGUGACAACACGACAACUUACAAGUGUUUUUUUUUUUAUUCUUGUUGCAAAUUUUGCACAUCAUACCACUUCGAAUUUAGAAUCAAGCUUCGUUACAGGGUUGACCUAGAAAUGGAGCCAACGAAUCGAAAGGACAAACAGAAACAAAGAGAUACUUCAACACGCGGUGACCGAGCUAAACAAAAAUCUGCACAGCAAGAAUCAAAACAACGACAGAGAGCAGAGAUCUAUGCCUUGAACAAAGUGAUGACGGAGCUUGAACAGCAGCAGUUCGAGGCCUUUUGUAAGCGGAUGCAGUCACAAGGAGAUUGACAACCUGCCAAAAACCUUUCUGUUAAACUUUUUCCACAGCACACUUUGCAAUGCCAGCAUUUUAUUUUUUUAAACCUGAAAAAAACAUGUCAGUAUUGCCGUUUUCUAAUGUUUUCCCUGUAUUUUGUGAGUUGAUCAGGUGGUGCUAGUUUUAUUCUUUGCCUGUGUACAAUCAUGGAUCAGUAUUUGUUUACAAAGCUGUGUUCAGAGAAGGAUUCUGUUCAACAACUACAGUAGCCUAGGCUAUAUCUCUUUUAAAACAAUAAGAUGGACUGAUAUUGUUACAUUUUCUAAUUUAUUAUAUUAUGUCCUGGUGUUUUUAACAUUUAUACCUCCAUGUCUUUGUCUAUUGAAACUAUGCCUUUACAACUUUAAUUAGUAGUCAUCAAAUCCUGAAUGAUAUUUUCAGGUUGUUGAUGUGU